AUGGCCCCCGCCCGGGGCCGCCUGCCCCCCGCGCUCUGGGUCGUCACGGCCGCGGCGGCGGCAGCCACCUGCGUGUCCGCGGCGCGCGGCGAAGUGAACUUGCUGGACACGUCCACCAUCCACGGGGACUGGGGCUGGCUCACGUAUCCGGCUCACGGGUGGGACUCCAUCAACGAGGUGGACGAGUCCUUCCGGCCCAUCCACACGUACCAGGUGUGCAACGUCAUGAGCCCCAACCAGAACAACUGGCUGCGGACCAGCUGGGUGCCCCGUGACGGCGCCCGGCGUGUCUACGCCGAGAUCAAGUUCACCCUGCGCGACUGCAACAGCAUGCCCGGCGUGCUGGGCACCUGCAAGGAGACCUUCAACCUCUACUACCUGGAGUCGGACCGCGACCUGGGCGCCAGCACGCAGGAGAGCCAGUUCCUCAAAAUCGACACCAUCGCGGCAGACGAGAGCUUCACCGGGGCCGACCUGGGCGUGCGGCGCCUCAAGCUCAACACGGAGGUGCGCGGCGUGGGGCCCCUCAGCAAGCGCGGCUUCUACCUGGCCUUCCAGGACAUCGGCGCCUGCCUGGCCAUCCUGUCCCUCCGCAUCUACUACAAGAAGUGCCCCACCAUGGUGCGCAACCUGGCCGCCUUCUCGGAGGCGGUGACGGGGGCUGACUCUUCCUCACUGGUGGAGGUGCGGGGCCAAUGCGUGCGGCACUCCGAGGAGCGGGACACCCCCAAGAUGUACUGCAGUGCCGAGGGCGAGUGGCUGGUGCCCAUUGGCAAGUGCGUGUGCAGCGCGGGCUACGAGGAGCGGCGGGACGCCUGCGUGGCCUGUGAGCUGGGCUUCUACAAGUCGGCCCCCGGGGACCAACUCUGUGCCCGCUGCCCUCCCCACAGCCACUCCGGGGCCCCUGCCGCCCAGGCCUGCCGCUGUGACCUCAGCUACUACCGGGCGGCACUGGACCCGCCGUCCGCCGCCUGCACCCGGCCCCCUUCGGCGCCGGUGAAUCUGAUCUCCAGCGUGAAUGGGACAUCUGUGACCCUGGAGUGGGCCCCUCCCCUGGACCGGGGCGGCCGCAGCGACAUCACCUAUAACGCCGUGUGCCGCCGCUGCCCCUGGGCCCUGGGCCACUGCGAGACGUGCGGGAGCGGCACCCGUUUCGUGCCCCAGCAGACCAGCCUGGUGCAGGCCAGCCUCCUGGUGGCCAACCUGCUGGCUCACAUGAACUACUCCUUCUGGAUCGAGGCGGUCAACGGCGUGUCCGACCUGAGCCCUGAGCCCCGCCGGGCCGCCGUGGUCAACAUCACCACGAACCAGGCAGCCCCGUCCCAGGUGGUGGUGAUUCGCCAGGAGCGAGCAGGGCAGACCAGCGUCUCGCUGCUGUGGCAGGAGCCGGAACAGCCCAACGGCAUCAUCCUGGAAUACGAGAUCAAGUACUACGAGAAGGACAAGGAGAUGCAGAGCUACUCCACCCUCAAGGCGGUCACCACCAGGGCCACCGUCUCGGGCCUCAAGCCGGGCACCCGCUACGUGUUCCAGGUCCGAGCCCGCACCUCGGCCGGCUGCGGCCGCUUCAGCCAGGCCAUGGAGGUGGAGACCGGGAAACCCCGGCCCCGCUACGACACCCGGACCAUCGUCUGGAUCUGCCUGACCCUCAUCACUGGCCUGGUUGUGCUUCUCCUCCUGCUCAUCUGCAAGAAGAGGCACUGCGGCUACAGCAAGGCCUUCCAGCACUCGGACGAGGAGAAGAUGCAUUAUCAGAACGGGCAGGGGAAGAUCCCAGAGCCCAAGUUCCAUACAGAACCACACACCUACGAGGAGCCAGGCCGGAUGGGCCGCGGUUUCACCCGAGAGAUCGAAGCGUCUCGGAUCCACAUCGAGAAAAUCAUCGGCUCUGGCGAGUCCGGGGAAGUCUGCUACGGGAGGCUGCGGAUGCCGGGGCAGCGGGACGUGCCCGUGGCCAUCAAGGCCCUCAAAGCCGGCUACACGGAGAGACAGCGGCGGGACUUUCUGAGUGAGGCGUCCAUCAUGGGUCAGUUUGACCACCCCAAUAUCAUCCGCCUUGAAGGUGUCGUCACCCGUGGCCGUCUGGCAAUGAUUGUGACCGAGUACAUGGAGAACGGGUCUCUGGAUGCCUUCCUGAGGACGCACGACGGCCAGUUCACCAUCGUGCAGCUGGUGGGCAUGCUCAGAGGCGUGGGCGCCGGCAUGCGCUACCUCUCGGACCUGGGCUAUGUCCACCGCGACCUGGCCGCUCGCAACGUCCUGGUCGACGGCAACCUGGUCUGCAAGGUGUCCGACUUCGGGCUCUCCCGGGUGCUGGAGGACGACCCUGAUGCUGCCUACACCACCACGGGAGGCAAGAUCCCCAUUCGCUGGACGGCCCCCGAGGCCAUCGCCUUCCGGACUUUCUCCUCGGCCAGCGACGUGUGGAGUUUCGGGGUGGUCAUGUGGGAGGUGCUGGCCUACGGGGAGCGGCCCUACUGGAACAUGACCAACCGGGACGUCAUCAGCUCCGUGGAGGAGGGCUACCGCCUGCCCGCGCCCAUGGGCUGCCCCCACGCGCUGCACCAGCUCAUGCUUGACUGCUGGCAUAAAGACCGCGCCCAGCGGCCCCGCUUCUCGCAGAUCGUCAGCGUCUUGGACUCGCUCAUCCACAGCCCUGAGAGUCUCAGGGCCACGGCCACCGUGCAGAGGUGUCCGCCCCCCGCCUUUGCCCGGAGCUGCUUUGACCUCCGAGGGGGCGGGGGUGGCAGCGGGGGCCUCACCGUGGGAGACUGGCUGGACUCCAUCCGCAUGGGCCGCUACCGGGACCACUUCGCUGCCGGGGGUUACUCCUCCCUGGGCAUGGUGCUCCGUAUGAAUGCUCAGGACGUGCGUGCCCUGGGCAUCACCCUCAUGGGCCACCAGAAGAAGAUCCUGGGCAGCAUCCAGACCAUGAGGGCCCAGCUGACCAGCACCCAGGGGCCCCGCCGGCACCUCUGA